CUGACAUUUUUUUUUACUAUUUUCUAAACAUUUUCACUGUUGUCGACUCAUAUCUUAAGAAUUAUUUAGAUUGCUUUUAUUGACCGUAAAUGACUACGUUUUUCUGUUUUUUUCUUCUGUUCUAUUCUUUUUGCUCCAUUCCCAGUUCAUUAGGCACCAACUGGUAAAGCAGGUUUUAUCAUGGGAGUGAACCACAUAGCAAACAUUCUCACAGACAUCUUACCAGUCAUCUAGUUUCACUGAAGCUGUGAGGUUCGACUUUUUGGUUUCCUAUAUUGCCUGUUUUGUUUUUUUAUCUUCAGCCACUUUACUCAAACUUUGGCUAAUUUUAAAUAUUUCAUCUGAUUUUCUGGACGGAAUUUUUCAUCAUCUGUAAAGAAGAUGUCCAACAACAGCGUUCUGGAUUUAGACAGAUACAGCAAUCAGGAUAGGUCUCGUCGGUCGGGCAGUCGAGAGCAGAGCAGACCCCGGGCUAAACCUGGAGAAGUUCUGUGUGAUUUCUGUACGACGAGGAAGCAGAAGGCUGAGAAGUCCUGUUUGGUGUGCCUGGCAUCUUACUGUGAGACUCACCUCCAGUCACACUACGACUACCCAACUCUGAUGAAGCACAAGCUGGUCAAAGCGACCGGUCAGAUGAGGGAAAAGAUCUGUGCACAGCACGACAAGCUCUUAGAGGCGUUUUGUCGUACCGAUCAGACCUCAGUCUGUGUUCUGUGCAUGAUGGAUGAGCACAAACAUCACGACAUCGUCCCGGCUGGAACUGAGAGGACCGAGAAACAAAAACAACUGGGUCCCACUCUGCACAAAUCCCAACAAAGGAUCGAUCAAAGAAUUAAGAAGUGGCAGGACUUAAGACAGGCAGUGGAAGCAGUAAAACACUCUGCUCAAACAGUCCUGGAAGAGAAUGAGCGGAUCUUCUCCGAGCUUCUGCUUUCUAUAGAGAGGAAGUACAACGAAGUGAAGGAGAUGAUCCGAACCCAUGAGAGGACCACCGUGACCCGGGGCGAGCUGCUGCUCGACCGCUUGGAGGAGGAGAUCACUCUGCUGAGGAAGAGACACACCGAUCUGGAGAAGCUCUCACGCACCGACGAUCACAUUCACUUUCUGCAGAGCUGGCAAUCUUUGUCUGGACCCUCUGGCUAUGAAGAUCUGAACAAAAUCAAGGUGGCCCCUCAUUAUUCUUUUGAAGCUUCUAAGAGAGCGGUUGCUACACUGAGAGUCCAAACAGAAGAAAUCCUGAAAACAGAAAUGAUCAAAGUCUCUGACGCAGUGAAAGAAGUGCACAUCACACAGGAAGAUGACAUUUAUGCCCGGAAGGACUCCUAUGUGAAUAAAGAACCAAGAGUUGGAGAAGAACCAAAGACAAGAGAAGACUUUUUAAAAUACUCCCGCCAGUUGACUCUGGAUGUCAACACUGUUCACCCCAGUCUUCACCUGUCUGAGGGAAACCGAAGAGCUACAAUGAAAAAUGAUCCAAAGAACUACCCCGACCAUCCGGAUAGAUUUGACCACUGGCAGCAGGUCUUGUGCAGGGAAAGUGUGAGUGGGUCUCGCUGUUACUGGGAGGUGGAUUGGAGUGGAACCGAGAUCGACAUAGCCAUAACUUACAGGGGAAUCCGCCGCAAAGGACAAGGCAACGAGUGCAGCGUGGGCUGGAACGACAAGUCCUGGAGUUUGUAUUGUGCUGAGAAAUUUUCCUUUGUGCACAACAAUAAAAGCCAAGACAUCCCAGCCCAGAUGUCCUCCCGGAUCGGGGUCUAUCUGGAUCAUGCAAAUGGAACACUUGCAUAUUACGACGUCAGUGGUGGAGGCUUUCGCCUUCUGCAUAGAAUCCACACAACGUUCACAGAGCCGGUCUAUCCUGCUUUCAGUGUGUGGGGCUUUGGAAGCACUGUAAGGCUCUAAAAAAGUCAUCAGGAAAUGUUUUUCUUUCUGAAAACUUCAACCAUUUUCAUUCCAAUACUAUUGUCAUGAAUGAAUUUACAAUUUGUAUUUACAUUUUUCUAUUUUUGAAUAGCUUAAUUUAUGAUUUGUGUUGAAUUUAAAUGGUGGUGGGAAAAUAAAAUAAAUUCUGAUGUUUUAUAAAAUUUUCUAAAGUGAUUUCAAAAUAAAAGCUUGAAAUAUUUUUGUUAUUGAUUCAUUAAAAAUUGUUUUGAGAGCGAGUUUGGUGCUGUUGUUUACUUAUGUCUUACAUAGAGUUGUAGUCAAGAAAAUAAAGUGGUUUAUUCAUUCAUUCACUUGACCUUGUUAAUUUGCUACAUUUGAAGUAUAAUAAUCAUUUAAAAAAAUCUGGAUGCAUUUUAAUUUCUCAUGGUCAAAGACGAGUGACGGCUGAGAAUCCAAAGAAAAGUUUUUUUGAUUUUGUAUUUGUUUUGACUGAUGAAUUGACAGGGCACUUGCAAGUUUAGUAAGUUGAUGGUUUGUUGGUGUGUUGAUAUCUUUGCACUAGUUUUAAGCACAUGUCUGAAGCAAAGAAGAAAACCAGCAGAGGAAAUAGAAAAGACAGCAGAGGGCAACAGAGAGGAAACUGAAAACUUGUGACAUUUUUCUAAUCUACUGAAUGAGUUAUUGCUAAUUUGUUGCUAUUUGAAAUUAAAAAAAAAAAGGUCUUUUCUGAUUUAAACUAUUCAAAAUGAAUAAAAAGUGAACGGUGCAGCACUAUAUCCUGAACCACUCGGCUCAUAUUGAUGCAAAUAUGGAUCAAACCAAUUUGUCUAGAAAAAUCACCUUAUUUUAGCAUCUACUUGAAAUAUAUAUUUUUUCAUAUUGGAAAUAAAUUCAAGCAUCAAAAGUUUAAUACUGAAAAAAAAAAACAAUUCCAGACACUUUGAUAAAAUAUCCCCUAUCCACCAAAUUCACAUAGUUAAUUAAUUAAGUUAAUUUCAUUAAUUCACGGAAUACAAAGCUUUUACUCAAGGCCCACAUAAGAUUUAAGCAUUAGUGAAGCCACAAGGAAAUGGAAGUCAAGCGUACAAUACGUCCCAGAACAAAGUUAAUGAUUAAAUUCUGUAUGUUUUUAGUGCUUGUAGUGAGUGAUUUACUUCAUUUGAUGCUCAAAUGCUGAUUUUUAAGAUUCUACCAUCUUCCUUUCUCUCAGGGGUGUUAAACUCCCGGCCUGUCCUACAUAUUUCCAAACUAAUCUGUCAUUGGAGCUCUUCAGUGGCUAAACUCACCUGAUCCAGGUCAUCAAACCUUAAUCUUUUGUUUGCACUUAUACAACAUUUUGCAAAAAACAAUAAAAAAAUAGAUAAAAUAAGGAGUUGCAGGAAGAGGUAAAAAAAAAA